GUCCCUGAGCUUCGGGCACUUGGGAAGCACCUACAUCAUGAACAAGAUGCGGCCGUCGCGUGGAUCUGAUUUCGAUCUCGCUGCCGCCGCCCCCGUGUGCUCCUUGGCCACCUCCGCUGCCUUGGUGGCCCUCGGUCUUCAGCAGGUGAGAAGCUCAGACUUUGCUCCGCUUCAGAUUCCG